AUGAUAGAUAAUAUUCCUGUAAUCUUGUGCUCUAGUCUCUCAUUGAUAGGAUAAUUACUUAUAGUAAUAUUGUUUAUUUAUUCUAAAAAAUUAAGAUAAGGAUUGAUACCUAGAAUAAUCCUUUAUUUGACAAUCAGUGGAAUAAUUUAAGUAUUUAAUUUAUCAAUUAGACUAUUGGUAUAUUAUGCUCAAGUUUUGAUAAUCUAAAUUGUGCUGUAUUUGCUACUUUUCGAUUGUAUGGAGGAUUAAGUUCUCUUAUAUGGAGUUCGAUUUUUAUUUAUUCAAUAAAGUAUUAAAGUAUUAAUAAAAAAGAUAAUUGUUUAUGGUACUUGGUUAGGAUAGUAAAUUUAAAGAUACAAGAUAGAUAUUUGAAUAGUUAUGUUCUUAAGAAAAUAAAUUUAUAAUAUUUUCGUAUGGAAUUCCAAUAAUUUUGAUGAUAUAUCCUAUAAUGACAGCUGUUUUUUUAAGUGAAAGAAAUACGUAAUACUGUUUAUAUUAUCAUUAAUAAAAUGAUUCAUCGAAUUUAAAAGCUUAGUUAGAUAUUCAAAAAUUAUUAUUUUGGAUUAUUCCUAUUUGUCUUUAUUUGGGUUAUAGUUUUACAAUAAUAAAAUAAAUAAAAUAGCUUUUAGCUGAAGAUGACGAAAAGAAGGAAUUAUAUUGGGAAGUAAAGAAACUUAUUAAAUAAAUUUUUCUAUUUCCAACAAUAACAUUUAUUUGUACUUUUAGUUUUACAAUAGAAGAUAUUUAAUCUCUGUUUUCACACAAAGUAUAAUAUAUAAUUAAAAUAAGGUAGGAUCAAUUUGGACAACAAUUUCAUUUGUAUUUUUAAGUUUUUGGGGUUUUCUUAAUUUUGUAGCUUAUUUGAGUUAAGACCCAGUAAAAUAAUAGAUAUUAGAAUGGUUGGAGAUGGAUUAAUAAAAUCAAUAAAACUAAUAAGGUAAAUAUAAAUCAUAUAUUUAGAGAGUUUCAUAUAGCAUAAUAGCUAUUAGUAGAAGAUGAAUAAGGAAAUACAAGAUUGAGUAUUGGGAGCUAAUGUUAUUAUUAUAAUGAGACGAAUGAAAAAAGUUGUGAUAAAUCAGUUUAAAUGACUGAACCACUUUGAGAAUUUUUUAUUGUGUAAUCAUAUAUUUGUAUGUCUG